AUGAUCAACGGCUUCAUUGGCAGCUUUUUGCUACCGCUAAUAGACGCUUCCAACACAAGCGACAGCCUUCUAACGGCUGUCAACGCAAUAUUAGCCAAGGCCAUCAAGGGUUCUGAAGACAAAUUCCUGACUUCGGUGAAGGAGACUACGUUUGAUGAUUUCUGGUCCUGGUAUAAAGAUCGUAACGGGCCGUUGAACGCGGGUUUCGAUGGUAUCCUUGGCUCGCUGUUGCUGGAUCGGAAGUCGUUGACGGGAAACCGAACUGCGCUCAAGGAAGCGCUAAUUGUGGCUCCUGGAAAGGGGACCUUGUAUGUGCACACUGUUGUGUCAUUGUGGGAUCCCUUGGAUGCUGGGGAGGGAGAAGCAGCUGGAUCUGAACACCAAUGUGUACACCGAGUCGUUGAGAAAGAUUGGCCCUGA